GUGUCGUGUACGACUAUACUAGUACUACAUCGUAUCGCAAUUCUAAUCAUGCAUAAAUAUAGUUUUAGGUUAAUUAAUUUAGAUAUAUAAACUUAAGAAUAAGAGGGAAAAAAAAAUCCAAUAUCAGACCAAGAAUAAUACGAAGUAAAUAAAUAAAUUAUGCUUAUCUUUUGCUACAUAAUUUUAAACCUGUACUAUGCCAGAGAAAAAAAUUCCGUAUUACCAGAAGCCCAAUAAGAUAAUAUAAAAUGACAGGGCCCAAUAUUAUGUUGAAGAAGUCCAUCCAUUCUGCUGUACAGCCCAGAAACAUUAACAUUGAGACUUUUAAAUUUUAUGAAAUACCGAAAAUACCCCUUAUAAAGACAAAAAAAAGAAAAAGAAAAAAAAAAAGGUUUGAGUAAAUGAUAAGCUGCUCUUAACGGCUAGUUUUCCAGCAGUCAGAUCUGUUGUUCUUCUUUUCUUCAGGAUUAUUGUUUGUUCAAAACAUUACAUUCUUCUUUCUAAUCUUACACUAUUCUCUUGCUUUCUCUCUCCUUAAUCCCUUGUUCCUUAUCCGAUUAAACGCGUUUCGCUCGAAAACUAAUAUUUUCUUAGAGUUUGUUGAGAUUAAUUGAUAAGCUAAUAAACAAAAAAAAUGGGAGAGAAAUUUCAGCUGACAUCAUCCAUGGAAAGAGAAGGAUUACAAGCUGAGAUAGAAGAGUUUUAUGAAGAAAUCGAAGCUCCGAAGUUUGUCGAUUUCACACUUCCGAAUCACUUCUCCCCUGAUGAUUGCUUUUGGUUCUGUUCUAGAGUUGGGUGUGACCAACAGCAUAUGCAGGAGAUGGAUUCCGAAGCCAUUUACAAGAAUUUCGUGCUUCGGGUAAUGGCUGCAAGGAGUCCUAAUGUACGAUUUCGACGAGCCUUGAGUCGAAGGCCUCCAAGUGAAAGUAAGAAAUGCCCGUUUUCGGCGCCUCCCAAGUCUUCGAAAUCCAGGCUGCAAAGAUUAGGAUUAGUUUCUUGUUCAAUCUCUGAAAGGCUUAUUACUGAAGAAAAAGGAAAGACAAAGGCGGUUGUUGCAAAUGUAAAGCCUGCUUCAACUCCUAAAACUAGGGUGAAGAAUGUUGCUGCUAAGUAUAUGACUUCUCCUAGGAUGAAAAAGGGGAGUUCUCCUAAGCCUAAUGCCUUCCGAAGUGUACGAAACCCAAUGAAAACGAGCAUUUCGUUACCAAAGAGUAAGGUUGUUUCUAAGGCUUUGGUGUUCAACUCACCUAAGAAAGCUCUAAAGAAGAAGGCGUCGGAAGAGCUGGAUACCCCUAUAAAUAAGUUGUGUGCAGGGGUGAAGAAGCUUGAGAUUAAUAGCCAAAAGAAGGGUAAUGCUACUCGUAAACCGUCCAAGGAUUGUACGAGUGAAAAGAAGUUGCCCUUGGAUCGUUCGAGAAAGGUACUGGGUUCCUCCAAGGCGAAGACACGGGAGGUUGAUUCCAAAUUCCCAAUAAGUGUCCAGAGCAAGGCCAAGGCGAAUAAGAGGAAGCAUGCUGAUGCUGCUCAACAAAAAGUUGAAAAGGGUGGAAAUGAAUCUAGUGAUAUGGAAAUCGAUGAGAAGUCGAGAUGUGGUUCUUUGGACUUGGGAUCAGCAACAGUAAAGCCGAAGGCUGAAGAUCAUAGCAGCUCAACAUCGGAUAGGCCUAUGACAGGUGAAAGUUCAGGGGCAGUAUCUUUGAACACUCAGAAUACUGAUAUGCAUUCAGGUCCAGUUUCAGAUGACAAAGAUUCAGCAGAAGAGAAUACUGAGGCAAUUCAAGCUCCGAAUGCAGAUGAACAAAGCCAAGAGAAGGACAAUACAAUUACAGAUGAUCUUGAAAAUCAGAAUCCAGGAGUAGUCAGUAAACUCGAGGACAACGAUGACAAAGAGAAUGCUUUGACUUCUGCUGAUAUCAGGAGCUUGAACAGCAACUAUCUCAGUAAGCACGAUGCACCUGUAAAACCCAAGGUCAAAACAAAGCAAAACCCUCAAAAACUGGACAAAAAUUCGAAAGAAAACUGUCCUGCAGGAACUGGUGGUACACAGGGAUUAAAGAACAAGAAACUCAAGCCAACAAACCCUAAGCCUUUUAGGCUAAGAACUGAUGAAAGAGGAAUUCUGAAAGAGGCAACCCUAGAGAGAAAAGUUAAUUCCCAGAAAUUUCAUCAACUACAAGUGAAAACUCACAGGGAGCAUCUGACAACAAAGACAAAGGAGGCAAAAAAGAUGACGACAAACUUAAACCAAUCAAGAGCAGAUACAAGACAUUAAAGGGAGUAGAGUUGAAGUCGGAGAAGAGCUCUGGAAUUGCCAAAUCUGCUUUCCUGCAGAA